AGCUUUACAGAGAAUGCAGGUGGAGUCGUGGCUGGGCAUGGGAGGGAGGAGAGCAUCCUCCCCCGUUUAUCCUGCUGGUGUGAGGCGUGCGUAAAGACAGUUUGUGUUGGACCGGACCACUAUUCCAGUGCGUCACGGGAUGUGGUUCGGACCACCGAGUGGUGCGGCACCAAACGGAGGCAUCUGAAGUAGCCUGUCUGAACACUCCGGUGACACACUGCGUUCACGCAAGGCGGGGUGAGAAAGGAGGGGGAAGCCUCUUCCACUGGAGAGGCUGACAAUGCGGCUUGUCGAUGCGCUCAUUGCUCCUCACAAAUAAAACCAGGCUGCGGGAAAGCGACAUGGACACGAAAUGCGUCGUGACUUGAUUUUCUUUCUUUAGUUUUUGAUUUGGGAUUCGUGCUGAAUAUUAUUUCCUGCGCUCCUUGGUUACUAAGGAUCCAAAUCAAAGAUGAAAUUUCCAAUAGAAAACCCGACAAAACAAGUGAACUGGGACCCAGAACAAGUGGCAGUCCAGACCCACUUGGUCCCACCCAAAAAGAUGCAGCCAGGCAUGGUGAAGUCAAGCCUGGUGCAUGCAAGUGUGGCCACCAUGCAGAAUCCCAUGGGCUAUGACCCGAGGACCAACGGUCACUGUGCACUUCCACGCCUCUCCAUCUCCUCGCGGUCUGCCAGCAUGGUGGCUAGCCUGGAUGCCAGCAGCGACGCCUCAAUUGCAGCGCUCCAGUCAGUGAUGAAGUGGAAGACGGUGAUGGCUGUGUUCAUUGUGGUUGUCCUCUACCUGGUUGCUGGAGCUCUGGCAUUCAAGGCUCUGGAACAGCCCUUUGAGAGCAAUCAGAAGACCAGCAUCACCCUGGAAAAGGCCUCUUUCCUGGAGAGGCACCCCUGUGUGACUCCUAGUGAGCUAGAUGCCAUCAUCAAGCAUGCUAUAGAUGCUGUGAGUGCAGGAGUGAGACCUAUUGGAGAAACAUGCAACUCCAGUUACUGGGAUAUGGGCAGUGCCUUUUUCUUCGCUGGAACUGUCAUCACUACCAUUGGUUAUGGAAACAUAGCUCCCAGCACGGAAGGCGGGAAGAUCUUUUGCAUUCUUUAUGCCAUAUUUGGCAUCCCUCUCUUUGGCUUUUUGUUGGCGGGGAUCGGGGACCAGCUGGGGACCAUGUUUGUAAAAAGCAUAUUGCGAGUUGAAAAGAUAUUCAGGCAGAAACACAAACAGAUCAGUCAGACAAAGAUAAGAGUGAUGGCGGUCAUCCUGUUCAUCCUGGCCGGCUGCAUCGUCUUCGUCACCAUCCCUGCUGUCGUCUUCAAAUACAUCGAGGGUUGGACCACCUUGGAAGCCAUCUACUUCGUAGUAAUCACCCUGACCACAGUGGGAAUCGGAGACUACGUGGCAGGUGGAAAUCGGACCAUCGACUAUAUGAACUGGUACAAGCCUCUGGUGUGGUUCUGGAUCCUUGUAGGGUUGGCAUACUUUGCUGCUGUUCUCAGCAUGAUCGGAGAGUGGCUGAGAGUGCUUUCUAAAAAAACCAAAGAAGAGGUCGGGGAGUUCAAAGCUCACGCAGCUGAGUGGAAAGCAAACGUAAGAGCAGAGUUCCGUGAAACACGACGACGCCUGAGCGUCGAGAUCCAUGACAAGCUCCAGCGGGCCGCCACCAUCCGCAGCAUGGAGCGCCGUCAGCUGGGCCUGGAGCAACGGGCUCACUCGCUCGACAUGCUUUCGCCAGAAAAACGGGCCUUGUUCGCCAGCCUGGAUGCAGGUCGUUUUAAGACUUCUUCCCAAGAGAGCAUCGACACCAAACUGAACAACCUGAGGCUGAAGGGGGCCUGUGAGUCUUAUGACCAACAAGGGAGCGAGCAAACGCCACAGACAGCAUCUUCCUCGGAGGAGAACCUCUUCAACCUACGCUUUGGGUCACUCACCAAGCUGGCCAGGCGCAAUAAGAACCGCGAUCUGUGCAGGAAUAUCCCCGAAGAUUCCCAACGUACCAGCGUGAGCAUCAACACGCCCAUGCAAGGGGAGGAGAGAACAGGGGAAGAUGACGGAGAGCCAGAUGAAGAAAGCAGAGAAACGAAGGAGGAAAACAUCAGUCUGACAAACUUGUCACAGUACACAGCAGAGCGCACCAAGCUGAACGGGUUCACAUCAACACAGGCCAAGGACAGAGCGAAUGAUUAGAAGUUAAAUGCAUGAACACUUCAACUGCAGACAUAGACUGUAGAAUGAGACAGAGUAAAACUUAGACUGAGUCACGGGGAGAGUGCACAGUCCUUUGAGAUGUCAAGAAACGUGCCUUUUCUGUUUCCUAUGCUUCGACUGGAACCGUUCCCAUCAAAUUCAGUCAUCGUGCCAUAGCAAUGGGAAGAAAACCUGCUGCCAAAAAUGAAGCAAAAUAAAAAUACAGAGCCUGUUGUUCGAUUACCUCAUUACAUAUGUUGCUGUAAAAUGGGCUACCUGUGAUGUGUAUCAGAGCUGUCACUUUCAAUCCUCGAGGCUCGUGUCUGUUCACGCUGAAUCUUAUUUUUCUUUCACACCGUGGGCUCGACAGCCAGAGAGGUGGAUUCCCGUCAUUCAUCUCCAGAGACAUUAUUGAUCAUUUUGUCAUCUCAUACUGUGGUGGCUGUUUAUAGCCAGUCAAGCUGCUGUGGAAGGACUUCAGCCUUAAUGACUGCAGUUUGGAAGGUUUAGGUUUGGCUGAAUCAAUAAAUGCUAGUAGCUACCUAGAGGACAUGUACAAUUAUUCCUACAUUGUAUGUGGCUUUGCAUAUGUAGCCUGACAGAAAAAAAAAAAAUUAAGAUCUGUUAAAAAACAAUAAUAAAACAAACUAUACACAAUGCAUGGUUAAUAAAACAUGACCAUAGCAGCUAGCUGGAAAAACCUAGAGUUACAGCUGUUAUAAUGUUUCUGUUUCUUGAAAAGAAUGUUUGGCUUUCACUCUUAGUUUCUGCUCAUCCACAGUAAAACAAAUGUGUUUUUGUAAUGUCUAAAUGUAAAAUAACAGGAGCAUACAAACAACUCCGGCUUACCAAGAUUGUCAGCAGCGUCAAUUGUACACAAAUUUUUACACUUUUUUCAAUCUGCCUUUUAUUUCUAUCAAGAUUUUACACGUCAACCUUUAUCAUGUUGAUGAAUGUUAUGCUGUUGAUUUUAUACUCACAAGCAUGUUUGCAUCUGUGUUUACUGGUUUUCUAUCAGCCAUACACCUCAGUUUGUGUAUUUUCCAUUAAACUGUAACAUGAACAAAAUAAAUCA